AUGGGAUCGUUCUGCCCGAACACGACUGGGGCAGAGCGAAUUUUGGGAACUGUUGCGGGGGGAACGCUGGGGUACCUGGUGUAUGAGGUUGGUCACCGGCUGUGGGACCCUGACACCCGCACGGAUGGAAUCACGCUGAGCGUGGCGGCCGCACUGGUGGCCUUCAGCGGCAUAGUGCUGGGCAAGGCGUUCAACCUGGCCUACUCCGCCAAGCUGUACGCCAUCGCAUUCCUCAUCGUCACCUUUGGCGCGGUGGACGAGCAGAGCACGGACACCAGCGUAUUCCUGCUGGGGGCCAUGCGCGUGACGGGCAUCGCCAGCGGAGUGCUGCUGUCGGAGCUGUACGCCGUUCUCAUCUUCCCCAAGAGCGCCACUCAGGAGGCGGUCGCCAAGAUGAAGACGGCCAUGCAGAAGCUGGGCGACCUCAACAGGCUCGUCUGGGAGCACGGCCCCUGGAAUCCCUCUCAGGGGCUGGCAGAGGCUCCGCCAAGGCGUGCCGAUGGGUAUGCACCGCUGGCUGGCAAGGACGAGUCGCUGGAGGACUUGGUGAAGAAGCAUGAGGAGUUUGAGGCGCAGUCAGAGAAGGUGCUGAUGGAGGUCUACGAUGCCCUGUACAAGGUGGAGGAGCAGGUGCCGCUGGCUGCGGCGGAGAUCUACCUGUGCACAUGGAGGGGCACGCUCAUUUUCCUGCCGGGGCUGCCCUGGUUCCCAAUGGGCAAGUGGCACCUGCCCGCCAAGGAGAUGGAUGUCCUGGCCACCAGCCUGCGCAAGAUUGCGCGCCUGCUUUGGGCCCUGCACCUCUCCUUCCUGGACGGCUUUGAUGAGAACAUGCUGAACCUGCUGAAGCAGCAGUACCCCAGCCAGCUCAUGCCGCAGCUGGCAGAGACCUCCCAGGGCGCGCUAGAAGCCGCCGCCGCUGCAUUCCCCAGCAAACGCCGCGUCGACGAGUCCAACCUGCAGCUGUUUGUGAACGCUGUGGAGGGGCUGAUGCGCAUCUCAGACUUCCAGCGCCGCCGCAUCCUGCAGCUCAUCAAGCAUUUCCGCGUGGUCAGCACAAAGCGCCGCACGCUGGCACGCGCCUUCUCCGCCCGGGACGCCGUCCGCCGCCGCGCAGCCGGCUCCUCGGUUGACGCCGGCAGCCCCUUGCGUAUUGCCGCCUCCAUGCCUGAGCCCUCCGCUCUACGCCAGGAGCCAGAUGUUGAGCAAGGUCUGAGCUCUCGCAAUCUUGAUCGGGGAGCAUACAGCAGGGCUCGUCCUGCGGACCUCCCACCAGUGCCAGAGCGGCAGCGCAGCGAUGCGGCGACUAAGGAUGACGUGAUGAACCGCAGCAACACUGAGGAGAUGAUGCUGGGCAGUGGCAGCGGGGACGAGGAGCGUCCGCAGGGGCUGGAGCAUCGCGGGCGGCAGUCCAGCAGCCUCACAGAAGCGCUGGCAGCCGCAGCCGCAAGCCCCACAUCCCCAGCACUGCCGGCUGGCCAGGAUCUGGCCCAGCCUCUGCAGCGGCGGCCGAACAGCAUGAGGGAUUUGGACUGGACCCUCAACCGCAGCUAUGUGGGCACACCUAUUGAGGCGUUUGGGGAUCUGCCUGAGGGGCUGCACAUCGCCAUGGGGGAAGCCGGGGACAGCGCGGCUGCAGCAGAGCUUUUGAACGGCGGGGCAAAGCAGCAAGACUUCAAGAGGCUGCUGACGAUGCGGCUGCAGAGGGUCGAGUCGUCUGAGCUGAUUGAGUUUCCUGAAAAUGAAGAGGGCUACCUUGGGAAAAUUCGCUGGUAUUCCUUCCAGUUUCUCAUGCAGGAUUAG